AUGGAAGCGUAUGGGAUAAAUCUGGCCAGUUGCUUUCGGGCCGUUCCUGGUGAUAGUAGUUCGGUUGUGUUUUGGAAGGAACGUUGGUUAGGAGGAGAAUCACUGCAAAAUAGGUUCCAAUGCUUGUACGUGUUAGAAAGAAAAAAAAAUGUUAAGAUAUCGGAGCGUGUUAAAAUUUUAGACGGAAGCGUGGUGAUGAACUUCAACUGGUUACGGCAGCCAGCGACAAUGGACAAAGUGGCUGAACUACAGAAUAUGUCCUUGGAAUUGUUUGCCGCAACGUUGGGGAAUGGGGAAGAUCGAUGGAGCUGGGAAUUGGAUGAUUCGGGGAAUUUUUCAGUAAAGAGUCUUAAAAGAUGUUUGCAAUCCGCUCGGUUUUCGGAUUUGGGGAAUGAUUUUGUGUGGAAUAAUUGGAUUCCAACCAAGGUUAAUUUUUUAGCUUGGAGAUUAUCACUAGAUCGGGUACCAACGUUAGCAGCACUAGCUUAUAGGAAUGUUGUCAUGGGUGAAACACGGUGCAGAAUUUGUGUCCUGUUGGACGAAGAAGCUGACCAUUUGUUCGUGGGUUGUGAGUUAGCUCAGCAUGUGUGGAAUUUUGUGUCACAAUGGUGCAAGAUAUCAAGUAUUUUUGCCUUUCGAGUUAAAGACAUUCUGGAUUGGCACAAGCAGGUUAGGGGAUGUAGAAAAUGGAGGAAACUAGUGUACGCUAUUAUGCAGGUAGCUUUAUGGGUUGUAUGGCAGAGCAGGAAUGAUUUGGUGUUUAAUGAUAAAGAAGUUAGUAUCGACCGGAUAACGAAUGAGAUAAAGCAGUUGGGCUUCUUAUGGAUCGGUAGUCGUUUGAGCCUAAAAGAGAUAACGUGGGAAGAAUGGUGUAAUCUUGAAAAUUCCGGAAAGUGGUUGUAG